AACAAAAUGAUUCAUUCUGAUAAUAUUCUACGAAUUAAUAAUUUGAACUAUUAAAAAAUAAACUAAAUUACAAACAAAAAUUAAAAAAGGGACAUUUUUUGCCCUAACUACCUUUGACCAGCCGACCAACACAAAUUCCACUCGCCUUCCUAAACGCCAACUCAAAUCGCAAAGCGCGAUCAAAAUCUGCACACCAGAGCAUGCCGGGUCCGGGCCCGCACAUGAUCUACGCGCUCGGGUCGGGUCAGGGCCUGAUGCACGUAUCGAACGGUAGAUUCGGCCCGCACCACUGCGUCACAUACGCCGUCAACGCCUUCUUCGGACCGGACAUCGGCUCCUUCUCCGAGUGGCUGACCUCAACUCUGGGUUUGGGCCGGGUCUUCGGCUCCUCCGUCGAGACGUGGAUCCACGACCCGUUUUACUACGCUCUGAUUCUGGGCUUCCCUUUGGCACUACUCUACAGCUGGGUCUCACGAAUUAUGGUCCAAAAGGGUGUUCUUGAUUCGUUCUCUGGGGCACCACUGACUAAGAGGCAGUGCUUCUUGUUGAUCUUUGCAGGAUCUUUAUCACACUUUUUCUUAGAUCACUUGUUUGAGGAAAAUGGACAUUCUUCAAUGUAUACAUGGAUUUUGAGCACUGGUUGGUGGAAAACUCGGGCUCCAAUUGAUCCAGAUGCCGUUUUAGUUAUUGGCCUCUUGUGUGCGAGCUUGAUCGGAGGUUUUAUUUAUAUCUACAGGGUGAAGCAAUUGAAAUCGGUUAGAAAACAAUAUAGCAAAUCAUGGAGACUGAUUUUGAUAGUUGCGAUCUUGUACUGCAUUUGGUGUGUGAGCCAGAUUUACUUAAUUACCCCUCGUCGGCCAGCAGUUGGCGAGGAAGCUGAUUUGGGAGUGCUCGUUUUCCUUGGGAUUUUCUUUUUCUUCCCUCACGGGCUGUGCAUUCUAUCCAUGAACUCGAAAGAUGUUUUCGACUCGGUUCAACAACUUCCUCUUUGAAAAGGUAAUCUAAUUUAUCUCACUUUCUGAGCUGUCCAAACGGCUGGGCCGGGCUGGGCCGGGCCCAGGCAAGAAAUAGAUAUGUGUAUACAAUUUACAAAAGUUUGUUUGUUAGAAAAACCACGAGCUGUGUAUCUUAGCUGGUUCUUUGUGUUUUGUUUAAAUGACCUCAAAUUGUGCAAUGAGAAUACUAAAAUCGAGUAUCAAAAGCCAUAGUUGUGCAUUACAGUCGACCGAGCAUCGAAUUUGAGGUCUUGAGCUCGAGCUCGAUUUGUGUGAAGACCAUUGAUUUGUUACCGGGCUUUUGGGGGGGCCCGUGGGCUCUCAGCUUCUUAUAUUGAGUCUAGGAUUAGUAGAAUCCAAGUCUACGUAUACAUAUUAUAAUAGACAUUGAUAAGGGUAUAUUUCAUACUUUAGAAGCUAAUCUAUCUAAUAUCUAUUAGUUUUUUGGGGUCUUCACAGCUUAUUCUGGUUACAAUUUGCCAUGGCUCAUUUUCAUUUUCCUUUCGUUUUCGUCGAUUUGAGCUGUCAACCGCCAUCUGGCGUGUCCGUUUUUGUCGGACUUCGAUUUGACCUGGUUUUCGGGCUCGUCUCCGUAUUUGAUAAAUUAAGAUAGUUUGUAGGGUGAUUUUUAAAAAAUUAAAGUUUCUGGGAUAUAAUUGCAAAAUGGUGAAAAUGGAAAAAGAAGGUUUGGAUAUAAGAUUCUGUUUUUAUGUGUUCUGUUUAGAUUUAUGUAAUUGAAGUUAUGAAUGGAUAGGAAAAAAAAAUUCAGAAAUUUUUUUUUGUAAAAAUUCACUUCUUCUCCAUAAUCCCAUCUGCAC